AUGAAGCUAUCCGGGUGCUGUCCAAACUCUCGAACGUAUGUUGCUGCGCUUGCCGCCUGUGCGAGCUCGGCAAUGCGAGAGGAAGUGGUGGAUGUCGACGGGAAACUCGUGAAGAGAAAGAGCUUGGAAACUGGGCUGGCUAUCCACGUUAAAGCUUCAAACAACAGGUGCUGUGAGGAUGUGUUCGUGGGGAACGCACUGAUCGAUAUGUACGCGAAGUAUGGGAAGCUAGAGGAAGCUCGCAAGGUCUUCGAUGGCAUGGCUGGCCGAGACGUGGUUUCGUGGAACGCAAUGAUCCAGGGAUCUGCUGGAAGUGGAGACAGCAAGCUGGCCUUGGAGCUGGUCUUCGGCAUGGCUCGGGAGAACGAUCCGGACGAGAGAACGUUUAUUGCUGCGGUCAUGGCCUGCGUCCACCUUUCAGCGUCCGAACAACCUGUUCCGCGAGAAGAUGGAAAGCUAUUGCGAAUCCAGAGCCUAGAAAGGGGAUGGAGAUUCAUUCUCUCGCCGCGAAGUUUGGAUGCUGCAAGGACAGAUUUGUCGAGAACAGCUUGGUGA